AUGAGCGACACACAUCCUUCGCCAACACCCUCUCCAAUAUCACAUCCCCUGCAUCCCCUUCAUAGGAUUCCCUCCGCCUCUUUCCCCUUGCGCCAUGCUCCGCUCCCUCGCCUCACGCACGGCCGUUCUUUCCCGCCCGGUGAGAGGUCUGCAAGUGCGCACGCUUCUCACCCGCCUUCGCGCAGAUCGCGAGAAGCAGCUCGAUAUUCGGAAUUUCACCCUCAACUUUGGGCCUCAGCAUCCGCUGCGCAUGGCGUGUUACGCCUCGUUCUGGAACUUGACGGCGAGGUAGCCGUCAAGCUCGACCCUCAUAUCGGUCUUCUGCAUCGCGGCACCGAAAAGCUCAUCGAGCACAAGACCUAUCUCCAGGCUCUGCCUUACUUUGAUCGCUUGGACUACGUCUCUAUGAUGGCUCAAGAGCAAUGUUACUCAUUAGCCGUCGAAAAGCUUCUGAAAAUCGAGGCCCCCUUGCGUGCGAAGUACAUUCGUACAAUGUUUGCAGAAAUUACUCGCAUUCUCAACCACCUGCUCGCUGUAGGAUGUCAUGGUAUGGAUGUCGGUGCGUUAACUCCGUUCUUGUGGGCUUUCGAGGAGCGUGAGAAGCUCAUGGAGUUCUACGAACGCGUUUCUGGAGCUCGAUUGCAUUCUGCCUAUGUACGACCUGGUGGUGUUGUUUCGGAUAUCCCUCUCGGGCUCAUGGAUGACAUCUACGCAUUCUGCAAAUCCUUUGUUUCUCGAAUCGACGAAAUGGAGGAAAUGCUUACUGGAAACCGUAUUUGGAAGCAGCGAUUAGUUGACAUUGGUGUGGUCACCGCUUCUGAAGCACUGGAGUGGGGAUUCUCCGGCCCUAUGCUGCGCGGCUCGGGCAUUUCAUGGGAUUUACGGAAGGCACAACCAUAUGAUGCGUAUGAACAUGUUGACUUCAAGAUCCCAGUUGGCAUCAACGGCGAUUGCUAUGAUCGUUAUCUUAUCCGCGUUGAGGAAAUGAGGCAGUCUUUGGACAUUAUCAUCCAGUGCCUCAAUCAAAUGCCAGAGGGAGAAAUCAAGGUCGAUGAUCGCAAGAUCUCUCCACCAUCACGUGAAAACAUGAAGCAAUCGAUGGAGGCCUUGAUUCAUCAUUUUAAGUUGUAUUCAGAAGGCUACUCAGUGCCAGCUGGAGAUACUUACACCGCAGUCGAAGCUCCAAAGGGCGAAUUUGGAGUCUACCUUGUGUCCAACGGGACAAAUCGCCCAUACCGAUGCGGUAUUAGAGCUCCAGGGUUCGCGCAUUUGUCAGCAUUGAAUAUGAUGGGAAAGGGGCAUAUGGUAGCUGAUGCGGUAACAAUCAUCGGGACUCAAGAUAUCGUGUUCAGGAGGUUGAUCGCUAAAAACUGCGCUGCUACAGGCAAGAUUGCUGUCAACUCUUCUCAGAGCGCUUAAUGCUGCAAAGGAGGAUGCGAUGGGUGGCGACACCUGCAACAAUUUUUAAGAGCAAUUUCCCGUCAAGAACGAAGCCCAUUUGUAAAGUGUAACAGUCCCAGCACUAGUAAAGUAUCUUAGCGAAUAAUUCCUUUG